AUGGCAUUUGCUGUGGAGGAGAUAAAUCGUAACAACACCUUGUUACAAGGAGUGAAGCUGGGUUACCGUAUACUGGACAGCUGUGGUCAGUGCCCCUGGACUCUGCAGUCAGCUCUGUCACUUAUUGGAGGAGACGCACACAUCUGUAACUCAGCUGUUUCUACUCCUCAGUCUGCAGCGAAUGAACAAACUGGGAAUGCAGCUGGAGCUGAUAUUCCACCAAAGUAUGACCUUGUCAACUGGCAGAAAACCCCUGAGGGUUCACUUAAACUUGUGUUGGUUGGUCAUGUGGAUGAGUUUAAUGUCCACCUAAAUGAGUCAGUUAUCCAGUGGAACACAGGAUCCAAUGAGGUUCCUGUCUCAGUGUGCAGUAAGAGCUGUCCCCCAGGUACCCGAAUGGCCAACAGGAAAGGAGAACCUGUUUGCUGCUUUGACUGUAUUCCAUGUGGAGAAGGAGAAAUUAGUAAUGUAACAGGUUCCCUCCACUGUGAACGUUGUCCAUCUGAGUUUUGGUCCAAUGCUGCCAGAACUGUCUGUAUACGUCGUCAGAUAGACUUCCUGUCUUUUAAUGAAACGCUUGGCAUUGCUCUGACUGCUGUAGCUGUGUCUGGUGCCAUGGUGACAGCAGCAGUGUUGGGAGUUUUUCUUUACUACCGUCAAACACCUAUGAUAAGUUACUCAGCAACUUGUCCUUGUCUCAGUGACAGGCACAAGUUUCCAAAUUUUUUCAGAACAGUCCCGAGUGAUAUUUACCAAGCUCGAGCCAUUGCACGACUAGUUUUACACUUCAAAUGGACUUGGAUUGGAGCAGUGAUAGCAAAUGAUGAUUAUGGUCAUUCUGCAUUACAGGUGUUUCAGGAGGAGAUUCAAGGAAAACGGAUCUGUUUAGAAUUCAUCCAUACAAUCAGCUCUGAAACAAUAAUCAAUGAUGCCAAAAAAGCAGCAUCUGUGGUAAAAUAUUCAACUGCAAGGGUGAUACUGAUUUUUUGCUGGUAUAUAGGGGUAAUUCAAUUACUUCUCGAACUGGCUAAGAUAAAUGUGACUGACAGACAGUUUCUGGCCAGUGAGGACUGGAGCACAAGAGAUGAACUUCUCCAAAAUCUCGGCCUCUCUACUGUUACAAACGGUGUUGUUGGUGUGGCCGUUCGAAGUUCACCAAUACCUGGAUUUGAAAAUUUUGUCAGAAGUUUAAAACCACAUCACCGUCCUGAUGAUGUGUUGAUAAGAGAAUACUGGGAAGAACAGUUUGGAUGUAGUCCUGGAACAACACAAUCCCAUGAAACACCUCCAUCCUCUAAUCUGUUUAAGUCCCUUGAAAAUGUUUUCCUUCCACCUUGUAAUGGAACAGAGUCUCUGGAGGAGGUGCAGAAUCCUUUUACUGACAUGUCUCAGCUGAGGUGGACAUAUAAUGUGUAUCUUGCUGUUUAUGCAGCAGCUCAUGCCCUUCACAGCCUUCUCUCCUGCCCAAACAGAGACAGUCCUACAAACAACAGCUCCACCUGCUCCUCUGCAAAACACAUCAAACCCAGAGAGCUUUUGCUACAUUUAAACAAAGUGAAUAUUUCCACACCACAUGGAGAAAUGUUCUAUUUCCAAGGAGCUGAUAUUCCACCCAAGUAUGACCUUGUCAACUGGCAGAAAACUCCUGAAGGUUCACUUAAACUUGUGUUGGUUGGUCAUGUGGAUGAGUUUAAUGUCCAUCUAAAUGAGUCAGUCAUUCAGUGGAACACAGGAUCCAAUGAGGUUCCUGUCUCAGUGUGCAGUAAGAGCUGUCCCCCAGGUACCCGAAUGGCCAACAGGAAAGGAGAACCUGUUUGCUGCUUUGACUGUAUUCCAUGUGGAGAAGGAGAAAUUAGUAAUAUAACAGGUUCCCUCCACUGUGAACGUUGUCCAUCUGAAUUUUGGUCCAAUAUUGAGCGAACUGUCUGUAUACGACGCCAGAUGGAUUUUUUGUCCUUUAAUGAAACACUGGGCAUUACUCUGACUACAGUCGCUGUGUCUGGUGCAGUGGUGACAAUAGUUGUAUUUGCCAUUUUUCUCUACUACCGUCGAACACCUAUGGUCCGAGCCAACAACUCAGAGCUGAGUUUCCUUCUUCUUCUGUCGCUGAAGCUCUGCUUCCUGUGUUCUCUGGUGUUCAUUGGUCGUCCAUCAGUCUGGUCUUGUCGGUUCCAGCAGGCAGCCUUUGGGAUCAGCUUUGUACUUUGUGUUUCCUGUCUUCUGGUGAAGACCAUGGUGGUUCUGGCAGCUUUUCGCUCAGCUCGUCCUGGUGCUGCAGCUUUGAUGAAGUGGUUUGGUCCAGGUCUACAGAGAGGAAGUGUCUGCCUGUUCACCAGUGUACAGAUCAUCAUCUGCAUCAUAUGGUUGUCUCUCAGUCCACCAGUACCUCACCGUGACUUGGGUAUCCAAGGGUCAAAGGUCACUUUGAAGUGUGCCAUGGCCUCUGUGGUGGGCUUCUCUCUGGUUCUGGGCUACAUCGGUCUGCUGGCCUGCACCUGCCUCCUCUUGGCUUUUCUUGCCAGGAAACUCCCUGACAGCUUCAAUGAGGCCAAACUGAUCACUUUCAGCAUGCUGAUAUUUUGUGCUGUUUGGGUGGCCUUUGUCCCUGCUUAUGUUAGCUCUCCUGGGAAAUAUGUGGUUGCUGUUGAGAUUUUUGCCAUCCUGGCCUCUAGUUAUGGUUUACUGUUCUGUAUCUUUGCCCCAAAAUGUUUCAUUAUUCUAUUCAGACCUGAGAAAAAUACUAAGAAACACCUGAUGGCCCGAUAA